CCAUUCAAGUUGAACAAGCUCUCGUAUUCAGCUCAACCGAAGAGUGCGUAAAACUACUCUGCUUACCUGACACGCUCCAUUUGGCAAAAAGGACUUCCUUUUCUGAGCCUUCUAUUAAGAAGCAGCGACUACAUUUGUCAAGUCAUUGUCAAUUAAAACAAGAACCUAGCUGCCUUGCGAACAGUAAACCGGACAAUUUCAUUCAUCAUUGUCUUGACAGAAGCGGUUUCUUCACAAGUGCAUCCGAAAAGUCUCUUGACUUUUUUUUUUUAAACUUCUUUUAACCUGAACUUUUCGCAGCGAGCACGCGCUUGACAUUGAUCUGUUAAACUUUACUGCGCUGCCGACACAUAAUUUCACACAUAGGUCUUACUGCGGUAUAAAAAGAGACAGGGAAAACGCAACCAUGACGAGCAAUAACACAUACUACGACGACCAGCAUCCACCACAGUACCACCAGGGCACUGACAUCGGGGAAGAAGAAGAGGACGAGAUGCCAGCCACGGAGAAGGACCUCGCCGAGGACGCGCCAUGGAAGAAGAUCCAACAGAACACCUUCACCAGGUGGUGCAACGAACACUUAAAGUGCAUCAACAAGGGUGUCAACGACCUCCAAAAGGAUCUAGGUGACGGGCUCAAGCUCAUUGGGCUCCUUGAGGUUUUGAGCCAAAAGAAGAUGUACAGAAAGCACCAUAUCAGACCCAACUUCAGACAGAUGAAAUUGGAAAAUGUGUCUGUGGCGCUGGAAUUUUUGGACAGAGAACAUAUCAAACUAGUCUCAAUUGACAGCAAAGCCAUCGUGGACGGGAACCUGAAGCUGAUCCUGGGCCUCAUCUGGACCCUGAUCCUCCACUACUCCAUCUCCAUGCCCAUGUGGGAGGACGAGGACGACGAGGAGGCCAAGAAGCUGACCCCCAAGCAGCGUCUGCUGGGCUGGAUCCAGAACAAGGUGCCCCAGCUGCCCAUCCACAACUUCCACCGUGACUGGAGGGAUGGCAAGGCCCUGGGAGCCCUGGUGGAUAACUGCGCCCCUGGUCUUUGUCCAGACUGGGCUGAGUGGGACCCUAACCAGCCUGUGGAGAAUGCCAGAGAGGCCAUGCAGCAAGCUGAUGACUGGCUGGGCGUACCUCAGGUGAUUGCCCCUGAGGAGAUAGUGGACCCAGACGUGGAUGAGCACUCAGUGAUGACCUACUUGUCCCAGUUCCCCAAGGCUAAGCUCAAGCCUGGUGCUCCCAUCAAGGCCAAGCAGCUGUUCCCUGACAAGGCCAAGGCCUAUGGACCAGGUAUUGAGCCUCAUGGGAACAUGGUGUUGAAGCCUGCUGUGUUCACGGUGGAGACGCUGGAGGCAGGCCAGGCUGAAGUCCUGGUGUACGUGGAGGAUCCUGAGGGACACAAGGAGGAGGCUAAAGUUGUGUUCAACAAAGACAAAAACAGAACCUACACUGUCACCUAUGUUCCCAAAGUGGAGGGCGUCCACAUGGUGAAGGUGCUCUUUGCCGGACAAGAUAUAGACAAGAGUCCCUACAAGGUGAAUGUGGCCAAGGCCAUGGGUGACUCCAAUAAGGUGCAGGCCAGGGGCCCGGGUCUCGAGGCCACCGGCAACGUGGCCAACAAGCCCACCUACUUUGACAUCUAUACUGCAGGUGCUGGCAAUGGUGAUGUCAGUGUGAUCAUCGUGGACCCUGAGGGCAAGAAAGACACAGUGGAACUCAUUCUGGAGGACAAGGGGGACAGCAUUUUCCGUUGCACCUAUCGGCCCAUGCUAGAGGGGCCCCACACCAUCCAUGUCCUAUUUGCAGGCCAGGAGAUCCCCAAGAGCCCGUUCAAAGUCCACAUAGACGAGGCUCCGCCCACUGCUCCUCCCACCACCACCGCACUCCCAGUUCAGAUAGGCUCAAACUUGGUGCGCCCACCCACAGGAGAGAAGGGCAGGAAGGGGGCGGUUCCCCCCAAAGCUGGCCGGCCAACCAUCAAUGCCAACGCCUGCAGGGCCACAGGGCGAGGCCUGCAGCCUAAGGGCGUAAGGGUGAAGGAGGUGGCUGACUUCAAGGUUCUCACCAAGGGAGCCGGCAGUGGAGAGCUCAAGGUCUCAGUAAAGGGCCCAAGUGGGGCAGAGGAGCCAGUGAAAGUACGUGAUGCUGGAGACGGGGUGUUUGAGUGCGACUACUUCCCCAUACAGCCUGGCAAAUACACCGUCAGCAUCACCUGGGGAGGACAGCCUAUCCCACGCAGCCCCUUUGAAGUGGAGGUGAGCAAGGAAGCCGGGCCGCAGAAGGUGCGAGCGUGGGGUCCAGGCCUGGUCACAGGCCUGGUGGGGAAGUCAGCUGACUUUGUGGUGGAGGCCAUCGGCACCGAAGUGGGAACUCUGGGCUUUUCCAUCGAAGGCCCAUCCCAGGCUAAGAUUGAGUGUGACGACAAGGGCGACGGCUCCUGCGAUGUGCGCUAUUGGCCCACGGAGGCUGGCGACUACGCGGUUCACGUCGUCUGUGACGACGAGGAUAUUAAGGACAGCCCCUUCAUGGCCCACAUCCUCCCCGCAGCCAAUGACGUCUUCCCUGAGAAGGUGAAGGCCUUUGGUCCAGGGCUGGAGCCUACUGGAGUCAUUGUGAACAAACCAACUGAGUUCACCAUCGAUGCUAGUCAAGCUGGGAAAGGGCAACUCAAGAUCUAUGCCCAGGAUGCAGAGGGCUGUUUCAUUGACAUUAAGAUCACAGACAAGGGCAAUGGCAUUUUCCUGUGUGUGUACAUUCCCACCAAGCCUAUGAAACACACCAUCAUUAUCACCUGGGGAGAGGUUAACGUGCCCAAAAGCCCCUUCAGAGUGCUUGUGGGUGAGGGCUGCUACCCAGACAAGGUUAAGGUCUAUGGGCCUGGAGUGGAGAAGACUGGAUUGAAGGCCAACGAGCCCACCUACUUCACUGUGGACUGCAGCGAGGCCGGGCAAGGUGACAUCAGUAUUGGCAUUAAAUGUGCCCCUGGCGUAGUCUGUCCUUCUGAGGCGGACAUUGACUUUGACAUCAUCAAGAAUGACAAUGACACAUUCACGGUCAAGUACACUCCCCCCGGAGCUGGCCGCUACACCAUCAUGGUGCUGUUUGCUGAACAGGAAAUUCCCAUCAGUCCAUUCAAGGUGAAGGUGGAUCCUUCUCAUGAUGCAGGCAAGGUGAGGGCUGAGGGCCCUGGACUCAACAAGACAGGUGUGGAGGUGGGCACCCCCACCCACUUCACCAUCUACGCCAAGGGAGCGGGCCAGGCCAAGCCGGAGGUGCACUUCACUGCCGCGGCCCAGGGAGAGGCAGUCCGAGACUUUGAGAUCAUAGACAACCACGAUUACUCCUACACUGUCAAGUACACCGCUCUGCAGCAGGGUAACAUGAGCAUCUCAGUCACUCACGGAGGAGAUCCCAUUCCCAAGAGCCCUUUCAACAUCACUGUGGCCCCUCCUUUGGACCUGGGGAAGGUCAAAGUGGAAGGACUAGACACCAAGGUGGAAGUUGGAAAAGAUCAGGAGUUCACUGUCAACACCCAGGGGGCUGGUGGACUGGGCAACGUGGGCGUGAUGAUGACCUCCCCCUCCGGCCGACCAAUCCCCUGCAAGCUGGAAUCGGACAAGGCCAAUGGCAUUCACGGCGUUAAAUACAUCCCCCCGGAGGAGGGGCCCUACAAGGUGGAUGUCAGCUAUGACAGCAACCCUGUCUUGGGAAGCCCCUUCGGGUUGGAAGGCGUCAUGCCAGCUGACCCAUCAAAGGUUCGUGCCUAUGGUCCAGGCCUGCAGGGUGGCAUUGUGGGUAAACCGGCACCCUUCGCCAUCGACACCAAAGGAGCCGGCGCAGGCGGGCUUGGCCUGACUGUGGAGGGUCCGUGCGAGGCCAAAAUCGAGUGCCAGGACAAUGGAGACGGCACAUGCUCUGUGGUCUACCUGCCCACCGAGGCGGGCGAGUAUGCCAUCAACAUCCUGUACGGAGAGCAGCACAUUCCAGGGUCUCCCUUCAAGGCGGCAGUGCGUCCAGCUUUCGACCCCAGCAAGGUGACGGCCAGCGGGCCAGGGCUGGAAAAGGCGAAGGCUGGGGAACCCGCUACCUUCACGGUGGACUGCACCAGUGCCGGAGAGGCUGAGCUCACUAUUGAGGUGGUGUCUGAGUCUGGGGCUCAGGUGGAGGUCCGCAUCCAGAAGACCUCAGAGGGACACUUUUCCGUCACCUACAGCCCUGCCUUCCACGGCACACACACCAUCACCAUCAAGUACGGCGGCCACAUGAUCCCCAAGUUCCCUUCUGUCAUCCACGUGGAACCAGCAGUAGACACCAGUGGAGUGCAGGUCUAUGGUCCAGGAGUGGAGCCCAAAGGAGUCCUCAGAGAAGUCACCACCCACUUCAUCGUGGACACUCGCACCCUGAGCAAGACCGGGGGCCACCAAGUCAAGGCCCGCAUCAUCAACCCCUCGGGCACCAACACGGACGCCCAUAUCACAGACAAGGGAGACGGGACCUACCGGGUGGAAUACACCGCCUUUGAGGAUGGUAUGCAUCUGAUCGAGGUCCUGUAUGACGAUGUGGCUGUCCCCAAGAGUCCCUUCAGGGUGUCAGUGGUAGAAGGGUGUGACCCCACUCGUGUACGGGCCUACGGACCCGGCCUGGAGGGCGGACUCGUCAACAAAUCCAACUGCUUCACUGUGGAGACCAGGGGUGCUGGUACUGGAGGUCUGGGUCUGACUAUCGAGGGGGCCUCCGAGGCCAAGAUGUCCUGUAAGGACAACAAAGACGGCAGCUGCAGUGUGGAAUACGUCCCCUUCACCCCCGGCGACUAUGACGUCAACAUUAACUUCGGAGGCCACCCUAUCCCGGGCAGCCCCUUCCGUGUGCCUGUGAAUGACGUGGUGGACCCCAGCAAGGUGAAGUGUUCAGGACCCGGGUUGGGGACCGGGGUGAGAGCCCAUGUCCCUCAGACCUUCACAGUAGACAGCGCCCUAGCAGGGAAGGCCUCGCUGGAGGUGCAGCUCUACGGGCCCUCGGGUUCCGCUGAGCCAGUUGGUGUCAAGAACAACGGGGACGGAACACACACAGUCCACUACACCCCGGCCCAGGACGGCCCCUACACCGUGUCUGUCAAAUACGCACAGCAAGAGGUCCCCCACAGUCCUUUCAAGGUUAGGUCUCUGCCAGGGCAUGAUGCCAGUAAGGUGCGAGCCAGCGGCCCUGGUCUGGACACCUCAGGAGUACUUGCCAGUCUGCCUGUUGAGUUCACCAUUGAUGCCCGCGACGCUGGGGAGGGACUGCUCACUGUGCAGAUCCUGGACCCAGAGGGCAAGCCCAAGAAGGCCACCAUCCAGGACAACAGAGAUGGCACCUACACUGUGUCUUACGUGCCGGACUCCACGGGCCCCUACACCAUCACUAUCAAGUACGGAGGAGAUGAGAUCCCUUACUCUCCCUACAGCAUCCAGUCCCUGCCCACCGGCGAUGCCAGCAAGUGUCUGCUCACAGUUUCCAUUGGAGGACAUGGAGUGGCAGGGCUUGGACCAAACAUUCAGACUUCAGAGGACACUGUCAUCACUGUGGAUGCAAAGGCUGCCGGAAAGGGCAAGGUGACCUGUAAGGUCAUGACCCCAGAGGGGUCGGAGAUGGACAUGGAUGUGGUGGAGAAUCCUGAUGGAACCUUUGACAUCUACUACACGGCUCCUGAACCGGGGAAAUACGUCAUCACCAUUCGGUUCGGGGGACAGCACAUUCCCAAGAGCCCCUUCCAUGUUGUGGCCACCAAAGAGCCUGUUGCCCCCAGAGACAGCAUGGAUCCCAUGUUCCGACCUCUUAACCUGGUUAUUCCCUUCACUGUGCAGCAGGGAGAGAUCACAGGUGAAGUGCGGAUGCCCUCAGGGAAGGUAGCCCGCCCCCACAUCACCGACAACAAGGAUGGAACCAUCGCUGUCAAGUUCAUGCCCACAGAGAAGGGCCUGCAUGAGAUGGACAUUAAAUAUGAAGGCAACCACAUCCCAGGAAGCCCUCUCCAGUUCUACGUAGAUACCAUGAACACUGGUCUUGUGACCGCCUACGGCCCAGGGUUGUGCCAUGGCACGGUCAACAAGCAGGCCACCUUUACUGUCAUCACCAGGAACGCCGGAGAAGGUGGUCUGUCCCUGGCAGUCGAGGGUCCCUCCAAGGCUGAGAUCACCUGUAAGGACAACAAAGACGGCACGUGCACUGUGUCCUAUCUGCCCACUGCUCCUGGAGACUACAACGUCAUCGUCAAGUUCGAUAACAAACACAUCCCAGGCAGCCCCUUCACCGCCAAGAUCACUGGCGAUGACUCCAUCACGAGGACGUCUCAGCUCAACGUCGGCUCGGCAGCGGACGUGUCGCUGAAGAUUACAGAGUCUGACCUGAGCUCUCUGACAGCCAGCAUCAGAGCUCCCUCGGGUAACGAGGAGCCCUGCCUGCUCAAGAGAUUGCCCAACAGACACAUUGGUAUCUCCUUUACUCCUAAGGAGGUCGGUGAGCAUGAGGUGAGCGUGAGGAAGAAUGGCAAGCAUGUGACCAACAGCCCCUUCAAGAUCAUUGUUGGCCAAUCAGAGAUCGGGGAGGCCAGCAGGGUCAAGGCCUUUGGAAAAGGGCUGGUAGAAGCCCACACCUUCGAACUGGCUGAAUUCUUUGUGGACACAAGAAAUGCCGGCUAUGGAGGCUUAGGAUUGUCGGUUGAGGGUCUGAGUAAAGUUGACAUCAACUGCGAGGAUAUGGAGGAUGGGACAUGCAGGGUGACCUACUGUCCUACUGAACCUGGAAACUAUACCAUCAACAUCAAGUUUGCCGACAGGCAUAUCCCUGGAAGUCCUUUCGCAGUGAAAGUGACAGGAGAAGGAAGAAUGAAGGAGAGCAUCACCAGGAAACGACAGGCCUCUUCUAUCGCCUCUGUGGGCAGCGCCUGUGGCCUCAACCUCAAAAUCCCAGGAAACUGGUUCCAGAUGGUGUCGGCCCAGGAACGUCUGACUCGCACCUUCACGCGCAGCAGCCACACGUACACGCGCACGGAGCGCACGGAGAUCAGCAAGAUGCGCGGCGGAGAGACCAAGAGGGAGGUGCGUGUGGAGGAGAGCACCCAGGUGGGAGGGAGCCCCUUCAGGGACGUGUUUGGAGAAUUCCUCAACAGAGAGAGUAUCAGCAGCUUUGGUGGAAUACCUCAAAAGAAAGAGGUUGAGAGCGGCACUCAGGCUAUGACAGCCCAGGUGACCAGCCCCGGUGGCAAGACGGUGGAUGCUGACAUCAUGGACGGGGGGGACAGCACCUACAGCGUGCGUUUCAUCCCUCAGGAGAUGGGCCCCCACACCGUCAACGUCAAGUACAGCGGCCAGCACGUCCCAGGGAGCCCUUUCCAGUUUACUGUGGGGCCCCUCGGCGAGGGAGGGUCUCACAGGGUCCGCGCCGGAGGCACCGGCCUGGAGAGAGGCGUGGCGGGAGCACCUACCGAGUUCAGCAUCUGGACCAGAGAGGCUGGGGCCGGGGGGCUGUCCAUCGCUGUGGAGGGGCCCAGCAAGGCUGAGAUCUCCUUCGAGGACAGGAAGGAUGGAUCCUGCGGAGUGUCUUACAUAGUGCAGGAACCAGGUGACUAUGAGGUGUCGAUCAAGUUCAACAAUGAGCACAUCCCAGACAGCCCCUUCAUCGUACCCAUCGCCACGUUGUCAGACGAUGCAAGCAGACUCACAGUGACAAGCUUGCAGGAGAAGGAUCUGAAGGUGAACCAGGAGGCCUCCUUUGCCGUGCAGCGUAACGGGGCGAGGGGUGUGGUUGACGCCAAGGUCCUCACCCCCUCUGGCUCCGCUGAGGAGUGCUACGUGACUGAGCUAGAUAGCGACAAGAAUGCGAUCCGCUUCAUUCCACGGGAGAAUGGCGUCCACUCCAUCGAUGUCAAGUUCAACGGUUGCCACAUCCCUGGCAGCCCAUUCAACGUGCGUGUGGGGGCCCCAGGACAGGCUGGGGACCCCGGCAUGGUGACGGCUUUCGGUCCCGGCUUGGAGGGAGGAUCCACAGGUGCGCCCUCUGAGUUUGUGGUCAACACUUGUAAUGCGGGCUCGGGCGCUCUGUCCGUCAACAUCGACGGGCCCUCCAAGGUGAAGAUGGACUGCCAGGAGUGUCCUGAGGGCUAUAAGAUCACUUACACGCCCAUGGCGCCCGGCAACUAUCUAAUCACCAUCAAAUACGGAGGGCCACAGCACAUAGUGGGCAGCCCAUUCAAGGCUAAAGUAACAGGUACUCGUCUAUCAGGCGGACACAGCCUUCACGAGACGUCAUCUGUGCUUGUGGAGACCGUCACCAAGACCUCCAAAGUGGCCGGGGCGUACAGCGCCACAUCCAAGCUGACCUCCGAUGCCAGCAAGGUCGUGUGCCGAGGGGCGGGGCUUACAAAGGCUCUGCUAGGGCAGAAGAACAACUUCAAUGUCGAUUGCAGCAAAGCAGGUACCAACAUGCUGAUGGUGGGAGUCCAUGGUCCAAGGGCCCCCUGUGAGGAGGUCUAUGUCAAACACAUGGGCAACAAGUUGUACAACGUCACCUACAGCGUCAAGGACAAGGGCAGCUACACUGUCAUCAUCAAGUGGGGUGACGACAACGUCCCCGGAAGCCCCUUCAAGGUGGCUGUGCCCUGAACAGAUCCCUCUGCUUGCCUCCACCACUCGAACUCCCACACACACACAAAUACACACACACACCUAUAUAACUGCCCCCCC